CCUGUAUAUGGCAGAUCUGGAUAACAGCAACGGCGACCUCAGCGAGAUCUCAUGCGCUGUGAACGCACAAAGCGACAGGGACAUCUCCGAUAGCAUCUCGGAUGGUUUUUCGAGUCUCUUGAAGCUUUUAAAAACCUCCGGAGAGUCAGACUGGCUUUAGAGAGGAAGAAAGUAAUCCCUUCUGCUACCCUUCCGCCAAUACGCCAAAGUCAAUGCGCUCCAUCAUUGAAGAGCUGGAGCUCCUUUACCGGCACUUUUCGAACGCAUCUUCUUACUAACACGCACCGAUUUAGGUGUGAAUUAAAACCGGGGAGCAUUCGUUGGAGGUUACGAGCAAGCUUUCCGGUCGAGCUGCUUCCUUUGGAGUGAGAAAAACAAACAAACAAGCAAACAAACAAACAAAAAAUAAAUAAGAAGAAGGAAGGGGACGAAAGUGCGUCCAUCGACCCCCUUUCCAUCAGUAUGGAUUGGUUAAUGGGGAAGUCUAAGACGAAGCCAAAUGGAAAGAAGCCACCCACAGAGGAGAAGAAGCCGUACAUAGAGCCAGACUACACCAAAGUAAGGGUCGUCGACUUCGACCUGAAGGAGCUGGUGGUGCUGCCACCUGAGAUCGACUUAAACGAAUGGCUCGCCAGUAACACCACGACGUUCUUCAAUCUGAUCAACCUGCAGUACAGCACGGUGUCCGAGUUCUGCACAGGAGACACGUGUCCAGUCAUGUCGGCCUGUAACACAACAUACUACUGGUAUGACGAGAAAGGGAAGAAGACGAAAUGCACGGCGCCGCAGUACGUAGACUUCGUCAUGAGUUCAGUCCAGAAGCUCGUCACUGAUGAGGACAUCUUUCCCACAAAAUAUGGCAAAGAAUUCCCCAACGCCUUCGAUUCGUUGGUGAAGAAGAUCUGCCGCUACCUUUUCCACGUGCUGGCGCACAUCUUCUGGUCUCAUUACAAAGAGACGGUGGCCAUGGAGCUGCACGGACACUUAAACACGCUCUACACGCACUUCAUCGUCUUUAUACGGGAAUUCAACCUGAUGGACCCCAAGGAGACGUCCAUAAUGGACGACCUGACCGAGGCCCUGUGCACGCCCCUGCCCCCUCCACCACAGAACCACGUGACGGAGAGAUGAGGCUCGCACUCGUCUCCCUUCCAUCCCUCUGCUCAGGGGAGGACCGAAGGACACGCCCUUUCACCUCCCACAAACUUCGCUAUCUUUUUUACGACUUGGUCAGGAAGGGUCAGCCUGGCCUGCGGGUGGCAGCACUCUCCCAAAUCCCCCUCCACCCCCCACCCUUCCAGAGGCUGUACUGUUCUGCGAGCCCUUUAACCAGGAAGCAUUCACACUUUCACCUUCUUCCUUUUUUUUUUUGUUUGUUUUUGUUUAUAGUUUGUUUGAUUUUCUCAUGCCCAUGUACUAAUUCGGGUGGGUUUGGAAUAUGGGACACUAGGUUUGGUUUGUCUCUUCCUCCUCACAUUAGCACCUUCUAUCCAUCCGUGUUAGAACGACAAGAUGUGAGGAAGAUAGUAGUGGCACUGCUUUUCUGUACAGUUUAAGAAGACUGAACCGUAGUCCUGGUCGUCUACAGAGUCGUCUUAAUCAUAUAAGGUGUUUUUUUUUUUUGUUUGUUUGUUUGUUUCUUUUUCUUGGAGGCAUAACAACGAGUGUGAAUUUUAGACCUUCAGGACCAGACUGUUUACUCAUAAUUCUUUAAGUCUGACUACUUUCCACCCAAGAUGCUCUUUAAUCCAGUGUCUUACACAAUGGCUGCCCCCCUCCCAAUAUUCUAGAUAUUCUAGUCAUACCCUAUGCCCCCACCAGUGCUCCUCCGGCAGUGGAGCAUACCGCAGGCGGCCAUAUUGGAUCCAUCUAGGAAGCAGCACCAAUCCGAAGGCCUCGCUUCAUGGUGCUUUUCCAUUAUGCAGCACAAUGACAAAGACAUUUUGUCUGCUACCUUUGUUCCAUAGCCUAUAUAAAAGGUACACAAUUCCCCUCUAUGUUUAAUUAAGAAAAGAAAAGAAAAGAAAAACAAGUAAGGGAACAAUUAGAUCAGAAUCGUCUCCGAAUCGAGGUAUCGCCCCAGGCUCGCUUUGCAAGGACACUUUCAAAAAAUGGAAAAGUGGCAAAAGAAUGUAAAACUAGUCUUUAUGUAUUUAACUGUUGGAGAAAAUGAUCCAGAGUGAGUGAGUGACUGAGAGAAUGAAAGGGAAAAAAAAAAGGUGUAUGUAAACAUGACAGAGAGAGAAAGAUAUUUUAAAGUCCUCCCUUCAUCACUGUUCAGAGAGUUCUCUUAGGUUGAGCUUCUCUCAUUAGAGGGUUGGAUGUUCUUCAUUUUAAUUUAUUUAUCCUUUUUUUUUUCCUCCCCCAUUUGGUUUAGUUUUGGCUUUCUUUUUUUUUCAGGACACAGUUCUGGCUUUCAUUUUUAUGUAUUUUAAUAAUACUUAAGUUAAAAGCGAUUUAAUAUUUUAAGCUCUGCAAAUUAUACCCUAAUAAAAUAUUUAAAAUGUCACUAA